AUGGGCCACGACAAGGAACUCUUUGAUAUCGAUUAUGAGCGAGUGGCUAUUCAAUGGCAACCAUCCGUUGCUCAGUUGUAUGAAGACGCUUUGAAAUACGAAACGGGCUCUGCUAUCUCGUCCGCUGGUGCACUUAUAACCGCUUCUGGUACAAAGAAAGGUCGUUCUCCAAAAGACAAACGUAUCGUUGACGAGCCUUCUUCGUCGAAAGAUGUUUGGUGGGGUCCCGUAAAUCAAAAACUCCCCGAACACGUCUUUCUUAUUAACCGAGAGCGUGCGAUUGAUUACUUGAACACUCGAAGCCGCAUUUAUGUAUUCGAUGGAUUUGCCGGAUGGGAUCCAAAAUACCGUAUCAAAGUUCGAGUGGUUUGCGCUCGUGCGUAUCAUACGCUGUUCAUGCAGAAUAUGUUGAUUAGACCGACUGCUGAAGAACUGAAAGAUUUCGGUCAGCCUGAUUUCACGAUUUACAAUGCUGGUACAUUCCCGGCCAAUCGUUAUACAACCGGAAUGACGUCUACGACUUCUGUUGCUAUCAAUUUCAACAUGAGAGAAAUGGUGAUCCUCGGUACCGAAUAUGCCGGCGAGAUGAAGAAGGGAAUUUUCACGGUGAUGCAUUAUUUGAUGCCUACCAAACACAAUGUACUCUCUCUCCAUUCGUCGGCCAAUGAGGGACCUGAUGGAGACGUUUCCCUCUUCUUUGGUUUAUCGGGUACAGGAAAGACUACGCUCUCAGCUGACCCUAAACGUUUCCUCAUAGGAGAUGACGAGCACUGUUGGUCCGAUGAUGGUAUAUUCAAUAUCGAAGGUGGAUGUUACGCCAAGUGUAUAGGCCUGUCAGAAGAGAAGGAGCCCGAAAUUUUCAACGCCAUUCGAUUUGGAUCGGUCUUGGAGAAUGUAGUAUAUGAUCCGAAAACACGGAUUGUCAAUUAUAAUGACAAUUCGUUAACUGAAAAUACAAGAUGCGCUUAUCCGAUAGAAUAUAUUCCCAAUGCCAAGAUACCUUGCAUAUCGUCUUCGCAUCCAAAGAACAUCAUCCUCCUUACGUGCGACGCAUAUGGUGUUUUGCCGCCGGUUUCCAAACUCAGCUCUGCGCAAGCCAUGUAUCAUUUCAUCGCUGGAUAUACCGCAAAGAUUGCCGGCACAGAAGAUGGCGUAACUGAGCCCCAAGCGACAUUCUCAGCAUGUUUCGGACAGCCAUUCUUGGUGUUGCAUCCAGCUCGAUAUGCAAGGAUGUUGGCAGACAAAAUGGACCAUCAUGCGGCUGAUGCAUGGUUAGUCAAUACUGGAUGGAACGGUGGAGCAUAUGGUGUUGGAGAACGUAUUGCUUUGAAAUAUUCUCGGGCGAUUCUCGAUGCCAUUCAUUCCGGGGAAUUGGCAACGGCAGAGUAUGAAAACUAUGAUGUGUUCAAUUUGAAGAUACCCAAAAAAGUAUCUGGUGUACCAUCUGAACUAUUACACCCACAAACUACAUGGAAAGGUAGCAAGUCGGAAUACAUAGCCACGAGGAAUAAGUUAGCAACCCAGUUUAUUGAAAACUUUAAGACUUAUCAGGAGGAUCCGACUGCGGCUGCGGUGAUUUCUGCUGGACCCGUUCUAUAA